AUGGGCGGCGGCGGCGGCGACGAGACGACGAAGAAGAGAGCGAAGAAGGGGCGACGAACGAGCGAAGGAGACGGCGAGGGAGGGAAGCGGGCGAAGAAGACGAAGGCGGUGGAGGGUGCGGGUGAAGACGGGACGGACGCGGGCGUGGAGGGGCUGGAGAGCGUGGGGCGGACGGAUGGGAUUCUGUCCGACGCGACGUUCGCGUCGCUCGAGCUGAGUGCGCCGACGAUGCGAGGGAUUGAGUCCAUGGGGUUCACGACGAUGACGGAGGUGCAAGCGCGGUGCGUGCCGCCGCUGUUGGCGGGGAAGGACGUCUUGGGGGCGGCGAGAACGGGGAGCGGGAAGACGCUGGCGUUUCUGGUACCGAGCGCGGAAUUGUUGUAUCACGCCAAGUUUAUGCCGAGAAACGGGACCGGGGUCAUGGUGCUCUCACCCACGCGCGAGUUGGCUUUACAAAUUUAUAACGUGGCGCAGCAGCUCAUGGAGAAGCACUCGCAGACGCACGGCUUGAUCAUCGGAGGGGCUAACAGACGAGCGGAGGCGGAGCGGCUGAUAAAGGGCGUGAACCUGCUCGUCGCCACCCCGGGUCGGCUGUUGGAUCACAUGCAGAACACUCGUGGUUUCACGUUUAGUUCGCUCAAGGUUUUCGUCAUGGAUGAGGCGGAUCGAAUGCUCGACAUCGGUUUCGAGGAGGAGAUGCGAACCAUUGUGAAGAUGCUGCCCAAGGAGCGACAGACCAUGCUCUUCAGCGCGACGCAGACGACCAAGGUCGAAGAUCUCGCCCGGCUGUCGCUCAAGAGCCCGAUUUACAUCGGUGUUGAUGAUUCCAGAGCAGUGUCUACCGCGAGUGGCGUCGAACAAGGGUAUUGCGUCGUUCCGAGUGAGCAAAGAUUUUUGUUGUUGUUUACCUUUUUGAAGAAAAACUUGAAGAAGAAAAUCAUGGUCUUCUUCUCAUCUUGCAACUCGGUCAAGUACCACGCCGAGCUGUUGAAUUACAUCGACAUUCCCGUGAGUGAUAUUCAUGGGAAGCAGAAGCAACAGAGACGCACGACGACGUUUUUUGAGUUCUGCAAAGCGGAGCGAGGCAUUUUAUUGUGCACCGACGUCGCCGCGAGAGGUUUGGAUAUUCCGGCGGUAGAUUGGAUCAUCCAGUACGAUCCACCGGACGAUCCGAAGGAGUAUAUUCAUAGAGUCGGUCGUACCGCACGCGGAACGGACGGUAAGGGUCGAGCUCUGCUCUUCCUCAUCCCCGAGGAGUUGGCGUUUCUCAAAUAUCUCAAGGCGGCCAAGGUGCCCCUAAACGAGUACGAGUUCCCGACCAAGAAGAUCGCAAACGUGCAGAGCCAGCUGGAAAAACUGGUAGAAAAGAACUACUACCUUCACACGAGCGCGCGAGACGCGUACCGGGCGUACAUCUUGGCGUACAACUCGCACACGCUCAAGGAUGUGUACAACGUGCACUCGCUCAACCUCGUCGCCGUGGCGAGCUCCUUCGGUUUCCACAAGCCUCCAAAGGUGCAGUUGAAUCUCGAUUCCAAGGCGAGCAAGGGGCGAACGAAAUCUCGAGGCGAGGGCGGACCCGGGAGCGAUUAUCGUCGUCAAAAAGGAACGGGUCACAAAUUUAGCGCGGAGAACCCUUACGGUCGCAAGUCUGAGGGUGACUCGCGCCAAUUCGUGCGCAUGUAA